AUGGUCCAUCGUGUCUUGAGCGAGAGAUGUGACAACAGCAACUGGUGGGAAAGCCUGGAUAGGACCCCGGGAUGGUCGGUGUGUCCAAGAAAUAACACCUACCUAAAGGGAUUCUGGAGGAGUCAAAACAAAACCGGAGAUGAAAGAGUUGGACGCCUGGAAAAAGGAAGAUGCUGCGAUGCUGCGGAGCCGCGUUACGCCGGUCAGCCUUCAAGAUGUGUGAAUGCAAACUGGUCACGCACGUUGAAGGGAUUUAAUGUCUGGGCUUUGUGUCCAAAAGGUUUUUACAUGAAUGGCAUCAGAACCGAAUCUCAUCGCCCCUAUGAUUCAUUUUUGAACAACAUCGAUGGGGCAAGAUGUUGCCAUCCAACGGAUCACCCCAGCAGUUAUGGAGACUGUUACGAUGAAGAUGUUGCUAUUUCAUUCAACAACAAAGGUUGGAGUGAAUGCCAGGAGAAUGGUUAUUACAUGACCGGUUUCUACAAAAGUAACUGCCAAGACCUUAACUGUAUUGACAAGUUCAAAUGCUGUAAACAUCUAUUGAGAAGAAAUAGUAGAGAUGGGCAAUCAAACCCAUUUACAGAUCUACAGCGAGAGGUUGAUGCCAUUAUCACCGGUAGUUACCCUUCCGCCAACUUGAGCACGGUCAUCACAAAAUUUUUCAAUUUGACAAAGACUGGGAAUGAGCUUAAACUCAACCUAAGCGAACUUUCUUUCUCCGUGGAUAUGCUUAAACAACUUGUGCAGUAUAACUCGAUCAAAAACAACAGUGCGAUCGGCGCAACAUCAGACCAACAAAACAUUGUGAAAGUGGCAAGUAAUUUACUGGAGGAGGAAAAUACAAAAACAUGGUUGCCGUUGCAGGAGAAAAGGGGAAACAUCACUGACAUACUUCUGAAGACUAUGGACGACUUUGCUUUUCAAGUGAACAGUAACCUUGGCUACUCAACCAAUAAAUCGGAGUUAUUAUCAAGAAACAUCGCUCUUAGAGUUGAUCGCUGGAACCCAAAACAUGAGUUGAAGGUUGACUUCGCUCAAUAUGGCGCAACAAUCCUUGUUCCUGGCUCAGCGAUCUCGGACACAAUAGAAACUCGCAUGUCCACCAUUGCCUACAGAACACUUAAAAAUGUCCUUAGGCUUCCAGUAGAUGGACCCAGUAAUAAUCAGAGCGCCGGAGGUAGGCUUCGGAGGAGUGGUACAAGCAUUGUUUCUUUCACUAUUCAUGAUCGUGUAUCUGGUUCCCUGAAUAAACCUAUCAAGCUGGCUUUUAAUCACAAUAACAAGCGUUCUGAUUUGAUUGGACAGUGCGUUUUCUGGGAGAUCGACCAAUCGCAGAGGACGUGGCUGACGCGUGGAUGUGUUCGCGUUGAUCGUGAGUCAAACCCGCGUGUAACCACGUGCGAGUGUGAUCACUUAACCAUCUUUGCAGUCUUACUGAACAACAAGCCAGUAAAAGCUCGUCAUCAGCCGUACUUCAAACAUAUUUCUACUGUAGGUUGCGCAUGUUCACUUUUCUUUCUGGUGCUUACUUGUGUGACAAUCUUAACUUGUUGGAAAAAGUUGAGAAGUUUUCGGAUAACAAUGUUACUGCAUUUGUUUGCUGCCAUUUCGGUUUCUUGUCUUCUAAUUAUUAUAGCUGGAAAAGCAGAAAGACCAAAGGAGUUAUGCACAACAACAGCAGUGUUACUCCAUUAUUCCCUCCUGUCUGUAUUUUUCUGGAUGCUGUGUCAUGGUGUUAUGUUGUACUUCCUUAUAUUAAAGGCUGAACGGCCAGAAAUUCUGGCAUUGAAAAAGAAAUGGUUCUACGCUCUAGGAUGGGGUGUUCCAGUCCUAAUAGUGGCCAUUUCUCUGACAGUAACUGGAAUCAAGUCUUAUGCAGCAAAUAACUGUUGGCUUACAACAGAACAUUGGCUCAUUUAUUGGGCGUUUGUUGCUCCAGUUGCCGUAAUCCUAUUAAUCAACUCAAUUCUGUUAAUUAUCUUGCUUCGUGGGAUACUCAGAGCGACUAAAACCAAAAACAACAAAACACCUGCCAAGCACGUGAAGGAUUGGUUGAGACGUUUUGCAAUGCUGCUGCCAAUUCUGGGUAUCACGUGGUCGUUUGGCUUUCUCACGUUCAUUACAUCAACAGCUGUGUUUCAUUACAUAUUCACCAUCUUGAAUUCAUUCCAAGGAGUUUUCAUAUUUGUGAGUUUCUGCAUUUUAGACGAUUCGGUUAAAAAAUCUGUUAAGAGUAUUUUGUGUGAGAGAAUGAAUACAACCAAGAGAGACACAAGAAGAAGGAAACGCCAUUUUUCAGGUGUAAAUACGGAGUUACAACUGAUUUAAAAAGACACAUGGAACAUUUCACUUGGAAUAGCUUAUUACCGCUGUACAAAGUCCUCCACAUAUUAUCUCUACCUUUAAUGGUUCUGCUUUUACUUUGUUUUUUUCUUUUGUAUGUUUGCGUGAGUAUUGAUAAAAUUGAUCAUUUCCUCGGACACUAAGCUACCUCUUGGCCAACUGAGGUUUGAACAUCGUGUUCAAUUUUAUGGUAAUUGUCUAAAAAGGGUAAUUUCUGCGUUGAUUAGUACGACGGAAAGCGAUAAACAGGUUUCUGUAUUGAGUACCGGCCACAUGACAGUAAAGGAGCUUUGGCUUUCACAGCACUUUCAAAAAGCAAGAGACUAAAAAAACGUGGAGGAAAUUAAGGUAAAUAUACUAAAUAUGUCUCCUAAAAAAAAAUUAUUACGCUUUUUUGGACUAGCACACAUGAAAUAAAUACCAACAAAAGACUGCGCCCUUUUUUGCUUUGUUUUCCUAGUAGUUGCUUUGUAUCUGUAGGCAAGGAAAGUAUGUUUCCGUUAUCAAACAACAGUAAUUUUAAUGGGACGAACAGUGAAGAACUAGAAAAAAAGGAGAUGACAAAGAAUGAUGAUGAAAACAACAAAAUGUAAUUGCAUGCUGGUUAAAAUUAAAGAAAUAAAAUCUAAAAUUUUUUCGCAA